GAACAAAUUAGUAUUUCUAAGAUUGCAGAGUUUCCAGCUAGGCAAGAAAGUAAAAAAGUGAUUUUAAUGAGCUGGAGUAGGAAACGCACUUUCUCCCCUCCUUUAAUAUUAUUAGUAAUUAAUGCUUUAAAUAGUUCAGUUCAAUCUAGAUUAUAG